UAAUGUACUUUAAUGCCUGAAAGAGAUUAAAUAAAUGAAAUAAUAUGUCCUAAAGAAUGUAUAAAAUGUAAUUAAGAUGGAGUAUGCACUUAAUGCAAAUAAGGAAAUUAUUUACAUAAAUAAAAUAUAUAAUGCGUUAAUUGCCUAUACAUAUUUAGUAAUUGCCAAAAUUGUACAGAAGAUGUUUGUAUUGAAUGUUUUCCUGGAUUUUACUAAGAUAGUAUUUCAGGAUAUUGUACUUUAAUGCCUGAAAGAGAUUAAAUAAAUGAAAUAAUAUGCCCUUAAAAUUGUGAAAAAUGUAAUUAAUUUGGAGUAUGCAAUUAAUGCAAAUAAGGCUAUUAUUUACAUUAAUAAAAUUAAUAAUGUGUUCUUUGUUAUAAUAUAUUUAAUAAUUGUAAAAAUUGUACAGAAGAUGUUUGCUUCGAAUGUCUUCCUGGAUUUUACUUAGAUAGUAUCACACGAUCAUGCAAAUAAAUGAAUAAUGGAAUUAUACAUCAAGUUAUAGAA